AUGUCUGGUAAUCGCCGUCCAUUCAAGCUAUUUUCAUCUCGCAAAGACUCAGACGACGACCUUACGUGUCCUCCCCCAUACCGCUCCACGGCACCCACGAGCUCGCAAACAAGCGGUGCAAAGCCCAUCUUCGAUUUCUCAAACAUGAAUACCAGCAUGGAUAGCAACUCAUCUGAGUCACCUCUACCAAGUUGUGGAUCUGCACCAAAAGUUCCUCGAAAAUGCUUCCAGGACAUCCCAGAAACAGAAUGGAUGAAUAAAGAGUGCAGGCAAUGGCUUGAGGAUUACUUCAUGACAAUGUGCGGUUACAAAGAAGUCUUGGCUGUGGAAAAGGCGUCAAAUUUUAUGGGUUCGGGCAUGAGCAUGUAUAUGAUGAGUCUCGCAGAAUGGAAAACACUAAUGGGUGUAUGUGAGGGGUCUGGGAUCUUUGGUGUUUUGAUGGAGCACAACAGAGACGGGAAAUACUGUUUCCAGUCUUAUAAUACGAGAAAGAACGGAGCCUUGUACUAUUAG